AUGGUAGACCAUGUUGAUCCAUUUAUAACUGUAGAAAUCCCUGAUGAAGAUGAAGAUGCAGAAUUAUAUGCGCUUGUGAAAGACUAUAUGAUUCAUGGUCCAUGUGGUAACGCUAAUUUAAGUUGUCCAUGUAUGGUUGACAAUAAGUGUUCGAAGGGUUUUCCAAAGAAAUUUCAAGAUCAUACUACACUGGAUUCAAAUGGAUUCCCAAUAUACAGAAGAAGAGAUAAUGGUGCUUCUGUAGUAAAAAAUGGAAUCGACUUAGACAACCGAAGUGUUGUGCCAUACAACAAAAAACUUUUGAAACGGUACCAGGCACAUAUAAAUGUUGAGUGGUGCAAUCAAGCCGGAUCAAUUAAAUAUUUGUUUAAAUAUAUAAAUAAAGGCUCUGAUAGAGCAACCGUUGUUGUUGUCCAACAUGAUAAUAACAAUGAAGAACUAGAACAGGACGAGGUCAAAGAAUAUUAUGAUUGUAGGUAUCUCUCAGCUUGUGAGGCAUCUUGGAGGAUCUUCGCCUACGAUGUGCAUUACAAGACUCCUUCUGUUAUAAGGCUGCCUUUCCAUCUUCCCGGAAAACAACCUGUUGUUUUUGGACCCGACGAGGAUAUUAAUCAAGUCCUUAACAAACCAUCUGUCAAAGCAUCAAUGUUUCUUUCCUGGAUGGAACGUAACAAACACCCGAAUGACACAGUGGCCCGUAUACUUACAUAUGUUCAGUUUCCAAGUUGGUAUGUAUGGAAGCUUGAUAAACGUUGUUGGGAACCUAGACAAAGACAUAAGUCAAUUGGGAGAAUUCACGCUGUAAGUCCGUCUCUUGGGGAAGCCUAUUUUUUAAGAAUUCUUCUUAACAAAGUGAAAGGACCAAAAUCUUUUGAUGAUAUUAAAAUAGUUGAUGGUAAGGUAUAUGAUACAUUUAGAGAUGCAUGUUAUGCACUCGGUCUUUUGGACGAUGACACAGAAUACACUGAGGCAAUCAAGGAAGCAAAUGAAACAGGAUCCCCUUCGUAUCUUCGUAAUUUAUUUGCUACUUUGAUGUUAACAAAUACGUUAUCCAGACCAGAGGUUGUAUGGGAAAGCACAUGGAGAUACAUGACAGACGACUUUAUCUACAGACUUAGAAAAUAUCAUCGAGUUCCAGCUUUAUCAAUUCCAGAUGAGCAGCUUAAAAACUACGUUUUGAGUGAAGUUGAAAAAUUCUUAGCUAGAAACAACUCAUCACUCAAAAGAUUUGAGACAAUGCCGUACCCAGAUAAUGCGUCUAUGUCUGAUUCAGACAAUCGUCUGAUUAACGAGGAGCGUAUCUACGACAAAACCAAUCUUGAAAUUGAAUUUAAUAAUCAACUUAAUUUGCUAACUGAUGAGCAACAGUCAGUUUUCCAACAAAUAAUCAACGCAAUUGAGGGUAACAAAGGUGGGGUUUUUUUUGUGUACGGCUAUGGUGGGACCGGGAAGACCUUCUUAUGGAAGACAUUAUCUGCGGCAAUCAGAUCAAAAGGUCAAAUUGUAUUAAACGUUGCUUCCAGUGGGAUCGCGUCGUUGUUAUUGUCUGGUGGCAGGACCGCGCAUUCCAGGUUUCGUAUUCCAUUGAAUCUUACAGAGGAUUCAGUUUGUAAUAUAAAACCUGAUGGAGAUGUAGCUAGACUACUUCACGAAACAAACUUGAUUAUAUGGGAUGAAGCGCCUAUGGUCCAUAAGCAUGCAUUCGUAGCGUUGGAUAGAACAAUGAACGACAUUUUCAAUAUCGACACUUCCAACAGAUCAAAUAUCCGCUUUGGAGGAAAGGUUAUUGUUUUAGGAGGCGAUUUUAGACAGAUCCUUCCUGUUGUUCCAAAUGGUGGAAGACAAGAGAUUGUCAAUGCCUCAUUAAGUUCGCCUUAUCUUUGGGAUACAUGUAAGUUGCUGAGACUAACAAAAAACAUGAGGUUAACAGUUGGAAGUUCAGCAUCGGACGCUGAAGAAAUAAAACAAUUUGCAAAAUGGCUUUUGGAUAUAGGCGAGGGAAAUGUUGGUGGUCCAAAUGAUGGAGAAGCAUCAAUUGAAAUACCAAGCGAUCUUCUGAUCACUGAUACAUCGGACCCCAUUUCAACUUUAAUUGAUUUUGUGUAUCCUUCAAUUCUUGAAAACUUCAACAAUCAAAAUUAUUUCAGUGAGAGGGCUAUACUUGCACCUAAGAACGAGGUUGUGCAUGAAAUUAAUGAUCGGUUGUUGUCACUAUUCCCAGGCGAAGAACGAGAAUAUCUUAGUUCAAACAGUCUUUGUCAGUCUGAAAAUCCAAACGCUACACAACAAAAACUAUACUCUCCCGAUGUGCUUAACGGUCUUAAAGUAUCCGGCUUACCUAAUCAUAGGCUAGCACUAAAAGUAGGUGUGCCGGUGAUGCUCUUACGUAACAUUGACCAACAAAAUGGUCUUUGCAAUGGUACACGACUACAGGUCAAAAAAAUGUAUAACCGUGUAAUAGAAGCCGAGAUAAUAUCCGGAGGGAACAUAGGCACUCGCACUUAUAUACCAAGGAUUAGUUUGAUACCUUCUGAUAAAAAAAUUCCUUUUGAGUUUCAAAGGAGACAAUUUCCGUUGGCUGUUUGUUUCGCAAUGACUAUUAACAAGAGUCAGGGACAAUCACUGUCUAGAGUUGGUCUGUAUCUGAAACAGCCAGUUUUCACCCAUGGUCAGCUGUAUGUUGCUUUAUCGAGAUUUAAAACCAGACAAGGAGUUAAACUUCUGAUUUUGGACAAUGACGGCAAACCUACUAAUAAAACGACAAAUGUAGUUUACAAAGAAGUAUUUCGUGACUUGUGA